CGCCGCCGCUCGGCCUCUCCCGGCCCAACCUCGGAGGCACCGCUGGCCAUGGCGAGCGGCGACGGCCCAUCCCACUCGGCAUGCUCACGCCAACGCCAAGUUUAUCCGCGUCGCCGCGGGGCGCAGACGAGCGAUGAUAAAAAAAAGUUCCCACCCACAGAGCUCGCAGAGUCGCACUUCGCCGAAAACCGCACCUGACGCGUCGCCAGAAAAAAGUUACCCAGACGAAGAAGGGCUCCCUCUUUCCUUUUCCCCCCAGCAGACUUUUAUUAUUCUCUCCAGCAAUUCUGUCAUCUCUCUAGAAAGAAAGCAAGUGCUCAAGGCUCAAAUCCCCCACCCGACGAACGAAUCGCUGGGCGAGCGAAGCAACCGCGGGCGGAGAGCCGCCGCGUGUCGCGACACCGCGCCUCUUCCCCCGUUCGCACAUGAGCUCCUCUCGCGGCCAACGCUAAAGCCGAGGCGACCGACAGGCCGGCGAAAGGUUCCACGAUGACCAACGAAGACGUCGGCUCCAAGCUGGACAAGAACAUGAUUCUGUACAAGAACAAGAUCCGAAAACCCAAGAAACCGCACUACAUCCCGAGGCCGUGGGGAAAGCCUUACAACUUCAAGUGCUUCCAGUGCCCCUUCACCUGCCUGGAGAAGUCGCACCUGUACAACCACAUGAAGUACAGCCUCUGCAAGAACUCGCUCUCGCUCGUCAAGGAGGCGCUGGCCGAGAAGGCGACGGCGCGGGACGGCCUGUCGGGCGCCGACGCCAAGCUCGCGCACAGGCCCGGCAGGGGCCUCGCAUCGCGCAAGGGCGGCGACGUCGUGCUGGUGCCGGAGGAGGACGGCGCGCGGGCGACGGAGGCGGCGCGCGCCCACGGCGCGUUCAGCAAGGAGAACGAGACGGACGACGCCGACCGGGCGGGCGACGAGGACGACGACGGCGACGCGGACCGCGGGCUCGAGUCGCCGGACGAGGUCAAGCGGAAGCUGCUGGAGAAGGUCCGCCGGGAAAUGCAGCCCGACGACAUCGUCAUCACCAACGUGUACUCCGUGCAGAAGCAAGCGCCGCCGCGCAAGGGCGAGGACCGCGCCGCCGAGCGCGGUUUCCCCUUCCCGUCGCCCGCUGCCCAAGCGGCCAGGGCUCAGGGGCUGGCGCCCCGACUCGCGGCGCCCUCCAUGACGUGCUACCCUCCCCCGCCGCCGCCGCCGCCGCUGCUCGGCGGCUUCGAGAGUCAGCGCCAGCAGCUGCUCUCGAGCCUGCGGGCCGGGCCGGCCCUGCUGGCCGCCGCCAACUACCCGAGCCUCUACCCGUAUCUCGGGCCCCUUCUCGCGCACGGCGCCCAGCCGCCGCCGCCGCCGCUGCCGCUGAGCUACCAGCACUUCGCGCCGCACCUCAACGGGCUGGCGGGCGGCACGCGGGUACCCGUCGGCGCCGGCCAGUUCUUCCACUCCCUGCCGAGCCUCCUGGCCCUCCAGGGACAGCUCCGCAUGCCCCACGUGGCGGAGGCCUGGCAGGACCUGCAGCAGCAGUACUGCGGCGGGGCCAGGGGCGACGUCAAGGCGGGGAAGCCGUUUGAAAUCUCCAACCUCAGCCAGCUGCAGGGCAAGAAGGUUCCCACCGUGGUUCUGACGUCCAAAUGCUGGCCGCACGGCAGUAACGGCUUCAAGCCAGACACGGCACUUCUGAAUAACCACGCCGCCAAGAUGAGGGCCGGCGGCGAGCCGCCCCCGAAGGUGCCGAAGCCACCGCCAAAGCCGAUGGUGGAGGCCCUCCCGUUCGCCUCCGUGCUGCCGCCGAAGAAGGACUCGGGAAAACAGCAGGCUCUGGACAUGAGCAGGGUGAACGGCCACUCUAUGUCGGGCAGCGCGCAAUCGUCUCCCAGCAGCAGCAGCAGCAGGAGCUGCAGCGUGAGCAGCUUCAGCAGCGCCAGCCCGGUGGGCGCGGACGCCAGCCGCUCGCCGCACCUCCAGCCCUCCUCGCCGCCCGUCAGCAGAUCCCAGCAAGCCAAGAGGAAAUUCUCGCUGCCGUGCAGCCUCCCUGCGCUGGGCCCCCACUGCGGGAUCCCCCCGAGCGCCGGCCUCCAGCACCAGCAGCAGCAGCAGCAGCACAGGCCCGGCUCGGCCAAGCCUCCGGGGCACACGGACAGGCCGCUCAACUUCAGCGUCGGAUCCCUGCGAGAUCCGACGGCAGGAGCCGCCGGCUCGUUCCACGGCGGGGGCAAGUUCUCGAUCGACGGCGCCAACAUUGGCGCCAUUGAGUCCGGAUCCGGGUACCCGCGCACCGCCGUUGCGACCGAAAACGCCGACGCUCGCUCCUCCGAGGCGGCGGCGGCCGAGCUCCAACAGUCGGCGGACGACGUGGAGAAGGAGCUGUCGGCCUACGAGCGCGUCGCCAGGUCCAUGUCCGAGGACGGCAAGCAGGGCCCCGAGGUGCAGGAGAGGCUGAGGAGGAUCCGGCAGGAGCUGGCGAGCCUCCAGAAGGAUCUCACCCUGGAGAGCCUCCAAAGGGACCGCGACGCGGGCGCCAUCGACCUGUCGCGCAGGAACUCCGGCGAACGGCGAGCGUCGGACGACGCGAGGCCCGCGCGCGGGUUUCAAACGACGGCGGACGCUCGCAAAGCACCCGCACCGGGCGGCGCCACGGACAAGGACGACAAAGCGGCGGAGCGGAGCGAUCCCACGCGGGCGCCGAGGUCGCCGAACGGCGGUGCCAAAUGCCUCGACCUUCGUCUCAAGUGCGCGGCCGCGGCGAAGCCGUGGCGCGGUUUCGCCGGCUUGAACGGCGACGCGCAGGCACGCCCCGACGCGCCCUCGCGGCGCCACCCAGGCUCCGCGGCGGCGGCCAAGCCCGGCGUCAUCGCCGUCCCGCCCGGCGACACAAGGAACCAGGAGCGAGCGGCGAGAGAGCACGGCGGGAAGAGGAGCACGGCGAGGGACUUUGACUGCGAUGACGUGGCUCCGGGAAAACGGCGGCACCUGUCGCGCGAUCACUCGAGCUACCCCUUUGUGUGAUUCGGGACUUGAACGGUAUUCAGGGCCAUCUCUAGGGGGGAAGGGGGUGCGGGGCUCCGGACAAACCACACCCGCCGGCGCCUUCGAACAUCUCGCGCCGUGGCGUCGAAGCGCGGGCACCCCCUGGGGGACGGCUCUGGCGGCAUCUGCAGUCGUGGGACAGCUGCUGGCGUGCGGGUCGCAGCGUGCGUGCGCCUUUGUUGGACACGCAUGCCUCAGGUUCCCCUUUGAGAAAGGGAAAGGUUUCCCGCCCCGUAGUCCCGGCACCACAAAAGCAAAGGGACGACCGUUAUUAUUUUUGAGCGCGCGUUUGUAAAUUGUAAUGAGAGCAAAACGCUGCAAAUGUCAUGGAAAAGUUACGGCAGAAACAGUUUUCGGCCACAUAAAGAUGCGAUAUUAAACACUGCAAAGUUACGGACGUUCAACAUAGGCGGAUUGGUUGUAUUCCGUACACGUGUUUAUGUAUGUAUGUAUAUUUCCACACGUUUUUAUACGAAUGAACGAAGUGGUUUAUUGAUGAUAAGCUACAGCAGAUUAUUUGUAGGGCUCGGUAGUGCGACCACGCGAGAUGACUCGUGAGUGGACAUCAGUCACCCUCGCUCCUCCGUGGAUCAAUCGAAUCGCGAUAUCAGCGGUGGUCAAACAACGACCAUAACUGACACGGCGUGGAGAGGCCUUCAUCCAGCAGUGGAUUCGCAGAAGGCUCGACAGCCAUUAUAUAUAUUUUUUUAUCGAUAAAUUUACGCUCAACAUGACAUUCGUCCCAAUCCACUGAACUUAACCCUGCAGGAAACAGGACAAACGAUGGGGGGGGGGAAACCACGCCGGGAAGCGAGACAAAAACCAAAAUCGUGGAUUCCCGAAUCGAAUCGCGACCACGCACGCACCGCGAUUGACGAAUCGAUCUGGCCACCAGGGACACGAGGGCUGUGAAUCACGGUACGCUUACUGUCUACGCCCGACCCCCCGCAGGUUCAGAGACCCCAGCACAUUGCGCGUUCGACGCAGGCCACAGCCAUGCUGUGGUUUAGUUGUCACACUGCAAAGCCAUCCGUUAUGAGUCCACGCACCCAUAUCGAAGCUCAGGGUGGGUUCGUGAUGAUUACGAACAAUCAGAAAGUUUAUUCACGUGAUAAGAAUGUCCAUUUGAUCAAGAGCGACAUGAUUUUGUGGCUAAAUUGUUACCGUGUUCUCCGGAUUAUAAAGUUUGAGGUGCGUAUUAUAACUCGGCAGGUGCGUGUGUGUGUGUGCAGAGGUUAGCGCUACGCUGUGCUUAGAACCUACCAACCCGAGUUCGACUUCCGCUCACGGCCUACGCCAGUGACGAUUAUCCGAACCAGUCCUGGGCCUCCCCAAGGUCGACUCAGAUUAACAUAAUUAGUGCUUGGUAUGGUGUGUAAGCAUCGCCACUAGGGAGACAAAGGCGGCCGGGCGUGGUGCUGGCCACCCACUCCCUCGUGUGCCGUACCAGCCUUCAUAGGUGCUUGCUAACAGCACUUGCCCAUACAGUCUGUUAAGGCUACAAGGGGGAUAUUUGUCUUUGUCUGUGACUUUAUUGAUACUGGUCACAAGUCAGGAUGUGUCUUGUUUUCCGCAGCCCUGUUAUAACCCAGAGAAUACGGUAAUUACAAUUAUUGCUGAUCACUUAAUGACAUGACAGGAAUGGGUAGGUGGUAUGUUUACACUCACUGUAAACCUAAGAUUGCUGCAUGUGUAUGUUACGGUUAAUAAAUGCAAACGCAAGACAUGUUUUAAAGCUAAAUUAUUUCCAAAAUGAAGGUGGCGAUACUGCAGGUAUAUAAUUAAGCGUACGGACAUCAGUAAAAAUGUAAAUGUACAUAAAAUAAAUUAUUUAAGUGCGUACACUGCUCUCAACAGCACUUUCCCAAUCAAAAGUCACGCACGAGAUAUAAAACCUCGUACAAUUCAGACAAAUUACCAAAGGAUUAAGCAACUGCCAGGCUUAGACAAGGGUGGUCCGUGGCCAAUAAUAAGAGGCGAGGCAAGGACGGUCCCCCAACCCUGGAAAAAAAGCCGGUUUAUUAUGUCGUACUGAAAGCUCCGCCGUGAACACGCCACACGGGACAUCAACACUGCUCGGCAACCCCAGCCGGUUGGCCCGGGGCCGGGUUCACGUCAGCCUCAUAAGCGACACUUUUUAAAUUGCCCCCGAAUGUGUUUUUUACGUAGAGCAAACAAAGCACACGUGAUCGAUCGUGACACAUCUGUAAAUACAGCCGAAAACGCAUUCUCAACGCCUGUACGAUGUUGAUCAUAAUAACAAUAAUGCACUCGCUUGCAAGGAGCAUCAUCUAAAUAAACACGUCGUCGUUGCGAUGGUGAGAGGCCUCGUUCGUUGCGUCACAUCAACGCAGAGCCGUCAAGUAAAUCGGCGACCCACGAUUGUUCCCGUGAACUUCGCUCAUUGAUCCCUCUACCCACGCAGAGGACCCGAGGCUACCAGACAGACACUGACAAUUCCAUCUCACCCAUGCUGUGAUCGCAAACCGCAGGGCACAACUCAUUCGCUCACUCACCCACCCACCAACUCACCGACCACACUGCAGGGCACAACUCACUCACCCACUCACUCACCCACCACACUGCAGGGCACA